CGUCCUCUCGACCAGACUGCCACUGCGCUAUUUCACGCAGCAACAACGGUCGUGAAGUCGAUGGAGUAGGUUUUCCGGACAGGUGGUCCCUAUGUGGGCGUGUUCAGUCCGCUGAUGUAAACAGAAAAUACCCUACGUCUGAUCCCCACGGAUAAGUGACUGACGGAAUUGGUGACAUUGCGCCAUCAAUUCAAUGCACCAGACACGUUUUUAAUAUGUUUUAAAGCGCAGCAGUCCGAAACUAUGGACUUCUAUAUUAAUCUAAAGGUGAAUUUCAGGGGAAAUGCGAAGAAUUUUCUGCUGUCGGGCUCCGACACGAAGAGCUGGGAGACCAUGGAGGCCAUGGUGAAGCGCUCCUUCGGCCUGUGUCACCUCCAGGUCACCUACUUUGACGAGGAGAAUGAGGAGGUAUCCAUUAACAGUCAGGCCGAGUAUGAAGAAGCUUUGAAGAGCGCCGCCAGACAGGGGAACCGCCUGCACAUGAACGUGUACGAGACGCGGGGCCAGCCCACCCGGGUGCCCGCCACCCCGGCCGCCACCCUGCCCGCGCCGGCCCUGGCCCCCCGGGCCGGCGGGGCCGAGCCCAAGAGGGGGUUCCGGCCCCCCCAGAUCACCCACUGCCCCGCCCUCACGCAGGUGGUCAGCCGCAAGGUCCAGGCGGCGGUGCCGGAGCAGGGCAUGGUGAUCCUCAAGGAGCUGAAGGGGAGCAGGGAGGAGGACAAGACCCCGCCGGCCUGGUUCACUCCUACAUGGAGAAGGUUUUAAGACCAGGUGGUUCGCGAGGCGGUGGAGAAGAUCUGCCGCGAGUUCUCCGGCCAGUGCUGCAUCCACAAGCCCAUGGGGGGGGCUCGCCCCGAGGUGCCCACCUCGGUGCUCCCCGGCGUGCCCACCUCCUCCUCCGCCUCCUCCGCCUCCUCCUCCUCCUCCUCCUCCUCCGCACCGCACUGCUCCUCCUGCAGGGGGCAGACGGCGGGCGGGGGCUACCAGUGCAGUGUGUGUACCUCCUGUACGCUGUGCGAGCCGCAGUUUCUCCAUGAUCCCAGCCACAACCUGGUGACCCGGACACCCCUCUCCAUCCCCGAGCACGGCUCCCCCGCCCCGGACCACAGCAGGUUCUACCGGCGGGGCGAAGAAUGCUUCCGGAAGGCGGAGAAGCAGCUGAAGGCGGAGAAGCGGCAGCUGAAGGCCGAGGUGAAGGAGAUCCGCAAGCAGCUGCGCAUGGAGAGGCGGGGCCAGCAGUGGAGCUCCUCCCACCACGACGGAAGCUCCUCCCCCGUCCUGCUGCAGCCCCGCGCCACCCAGCACCACAACAGCCCCGAACGUCCAAAGCGCGCCGUGUCCCUGGCGGCGCCCGCCAUGACGGCGGUGUUCCUGGACGAGAACCUUCCCGACGGGACGCGGCUCCGCCCCGCCACCAAGUUCAUCAAGUACUGGAAGAUGAGGAACACGGGCACGGCCAGCUGGAACGCAGACACCAAGCUCAAGUUCAUGUGGGGGAACCUUGCCGUGGGUUCUGGCGAUCGCUGGAGGGAAGUGUCCGUUCCUUUCCUCCAACCCGGUCAGGUGGGCGUGGUGAGCGUGGCCCUGUGCGCCCCCAGCGUGGAGGGCUCCUACACCUCCCACUGGCGGCUGGCCCACGCCGGCGAGCAGUUCGGGCCCCGGGUGUGGUGCAGCAUCGUGGUGGACCCCCAGGCCCCCGCCGCCAUGAUGGCCGAUGGGAUCCUGGUCUCGCCCUGCGUCACCCCACAGGGUAAGAACCCCGUGUCCAAUGACGGGAACCCCUGCCCUGCGACCCGGGACCAGGCCCUGGUCUCGGUGGACCAGGAGGAGUAUUACAUCCCGUCUGUGGACCUGCUCACUGCACAGGACCUUUUGUCCUUUGAGUUGCUGGACAUCAACAUUGUGCAGGAGCUGGAGAGCGUCCCCAACACCUCGCCCGCAGGAAUGUCCCCGAACAAUGUCGGAAGACACGGGUGUGUCUCAUGCGAGUUGUGCACCCCUUCACUAGGACGGAAAGCAGAGUCUUUACUCGGGGGGGGGGGGGCCCCCUUGCUCAUCCAAUCACUCUUUUCCCAAGAUGCACAAAGGGGGAGGGCCAGGAGCGGAGGGAGUGGUGGGGGCGUGCCUGCCCAGGAGGAAGGGGGAGGCGACCUCAGCGGGACCCAGUUUGUGUGUGAGACCGUGAUUGGCUCUCUGACGUUGGAGGGCCCUGACCACGCCCCUGUCCGAGGGACACGCCCCGGCCACAGCAAAGUGGUACGGCCCGCGGCCCAGGGCGGCUCGGUGUCUUUGUGUGUGAAGAGCCCCCACAGCGACCGGAGGCCGGACACCUGUCCCUCGGGCCUGAAGGCGUCCCUCCCCACCCCCCUGAAGGCCUGCCUCCCGGGGCCGCUGUCCGCGGGCCCCGCCGCCGGGGCCCGGCUCGGCCCCGGGCCCCUCCAGGGCCACGCUGACGGGGGAGCGCAGCCUUUUGUGGUUCGUUGGGACCUCGCCGUUGUUGCCGCGGUAACGCCUCGCGUGUCACCUCCCGCAGAGCAAGGGUUGGGCGUGAGGAGCAUGUGUGCGGACCCCCGGCGGAAGGGGCGGGGCCUGGAGGAGGAGAAGGAGAGCCCCGAAGGAGAGGACAAGAUGGAGGCGUGGAUGAGGAGCCGUUCUUCCUCGGCCUCCUCCGAGGACUACAUCAUCAUCCUCCCCGACUGCUUUGACACCAGCCGGCCACUAGGGGACUCCAUGUACAGCUCAGCCUUGUCCCAGCCCGGGGACCCCGCGGCCUCCACCCCCUCCACCCCCUCCACCCCCCUGGGGGGGCCGGGGUCGGUGACCAGCAGCGCCAACGACAUGCUGUGCACCUCCCAGACGCUGGACGGAGCGCUGACCCCCGAGGUGGUGGCGCCCCCUACAGCCGGCCUCACGCCGAGUCUGGAGGGCAGGGAAGAGGCGGUGGUGCAGGACCAGAAUGCGGGUCAAGAGGUCGGAGAGGAGGAAGUGAGCUCUGACCUCUACCAAAACCAGGAGGGCCCCGCAGACACACCGCCCCAGGAAGACGCCCCCGAGGACCCCGCAGACCCCCCAGACACAACGCCGGACAAUCCUGAGGACCCCAGCCAUCCAGGAAUCACAGACGAGCUGGUGAAGGGGGCGCUGUCUGUGGCCGCCUCCGCCUACAAGGCGCUGUGCACAGGGCAGGGUCCCACCCAGCCCCCGGUAGACGCCUCGACCCAGGACACCAUGACGGCCGUGCUGGUGGAGAUGGGCUUCAGCGACCGCACCCUGAACCAGAGGCUGCUGAGGAAGCACGGCUUCAACCUGCUGGACGUGGUCAACGAGCUGGUGCAGAUGACCGACAACGACUGGUACUCCACCCGCUACUGACCGGGGGGGGGUACUGACGGAGUGGGGGGGGGGGGUCUCUCAGACACUCCCCUCACCCGCUACUGACUGGGGGGGGGGGGGAGGGGGUGGUCUCUCAGACGCUCUCUCUCCUCCUCCACCGGCUACUGAUGGGAGGGGGGUGGUCACUCUCACCUCUGGAGCGGGCCGAGCCAGUGACCCUGGGUCGAUGUGGGUGUUGUCGCGGUAACCAUGGCGAUGUGGAAGAGAUGGGGGGACGCGCGAGAAGACGAAUGGUGCUAGAGAGAGGACUGCAGGGUUCCUUUUCUCCAUGUACGCGCUCGUUCUUUUCUCUCUCUCUCUCUCUCUCCUCUCUCUCUCUCUCUCUCUCUCUCUCUCUCUCUCUCUCUCUCUCUCUCUCUCUCUCUCUCUCUCUCUCUCUCUCUCUCUCUCUCUCUCUCUUCCACUUCCUGCCUCUCCCACCAAGCCAAUCACUUAAGACGUUGUGGUAGCCAUGGGUUACAGAAAAGACUCAACUCUGUGUCAUCUCGCAUCCAUGGUUAACGCACACACACACACACACACACAAACGGCCAUGGUCACACCUGACCUUCAACAUGGAACUCUGGACCGAAAUGUGUCGAAAAAAUAAAAUGUCAUUCCAAGUACUGCUGUUAGUCUCGAGGGUGGGGGGGCAGUUUAACUCCUCCCUGCAGUGUGUGGGUGGGUCGGGGGCUAAAGCACGGUUCCGGUCUUUCCGGGGCGCAUGGCCUGUUAAAGAUGUCCUUCAACUGGUCCUGUCCCCGUCGCAACGAUGACCACCCACUUCCACCAGACUGCCCAGUCAAAUGAACUUUUCACCCGGUAAACACGUCGCACGCACGCAAACACACACAGGCACACACAGACGAAUCGCAUGAACAACCGCGUUACCGUACCGAGGAAUGCGCAGUAAACGCCACGUCGAUCCUGAGGGAGAACAUGACGAAAGCAUUCCACCACAGUCCAGUCACUCGCGCUACGUCACAGGGAGAGACACCGCCGUCCCCCAUCUCGCAGAGCCUCUACUACCGAUAGGUUAAAAAUAGAGGCGCCUGAGACCUCAAUAGUUGUAUCGUGCUUAAGAUUUAUAAGGAAGAACACAUUGGGUGCUCACACUCGCAUAGUUUGCAUAGUGUGGCGGCUGGCCUCAAGUUGGCUGGAGGGAUCACAGGGUACGCAGUUCUUAAUCAUUCUCGCCGUCGCAUAUCAUCGUUCUUGUAUUUACCUCAUCCACUUGUAGCUAUUUGUUCACUUGUAUAUUUGGUUGUUUAUAUAUUAUAUAUAUACAAAUAUAUAUAAUAUAUAUAUAUGUAUAAUUUCAAUGGGGAAAGUGAAAUUAUAAUAAGAUUGUAUAGUUGUGUAACUAGUCCAUGUUUUAAAGUGAAUUGAGAUAUCAUACAGUCAGGUCCUUCGCAAUUUGCACAACUGGACGCAAGAGGGAGCCAGAGGGAAGAGAAGCACGCGUCACGCUGGAGAAAGCUGUGAAUGUGUGUCCGAUGCGCUGGGAGGCGGUUCUCGGUCGCUCCCAGCGCGUCGAAAGCUCGAUAUGUGUGUGGAAGUGCGAGAUGAAGGGAAAGAGCUUUGGUUAGUAUUUAUUGGAGCUUGCACUUUCUGUUUUGGCUAGAUCUGACUCCGCUUCGUCACCGCUGUGUUCGUUUGUUGUAAAUGUUAUAAAGGAGAUGUUUGUUUUUUCGUUUUUAUGUUUUUUUCCACUUGAGAUGAACUUUUUGGGGCGUUGGAGUUCUGUUGUGAAUCCCUGACCUCUGGCACUUAAAUACGGUUUAAUCUAGUUUUAAACCCGAGUCUGAAUCGUCAAUUGCAGCCGCACACAAAGUCAGAGUUGCUCGUCAUGGAAAUAUUUUGGACGAUGUAUCCAUUCUGUUUUGGAUUGUGAUGAGAACGAUUUUCAUUACAUGUUAAGGGUGAAAAAUGGUAAAAGGAAUUGUUUUAUUUAUUUUUUCCUCAAAUGUUUACUUCAUCUGGUUAAGCUGCUAAAUUAAUAUUUAUAUAUGUUACAUCUUGAUGAAACCUGAUCCUUGUUUUCUUCUAUGUUUGGAUAUUUAUGAUGACGCUUUGGUUUAAGUGGUUGGAUUGCAGUAACGGUACACCUAUUUUAUCCUAGCCCGUGCCCAAAAAUUCUUUCUUUUUUAUACCAAAAAAUGUGUCCUACUGUUCAAGAUACUUAACUAACAAACGGUUGGCCCUCAACAAUACAGUUGCUGUUCAUAAAAAGAGAUUGCCUGAGUUUUGUGGAACGAAAUCCCAACAAAUUAGUCCCAAGUGUUAGUCCAUUGCACGGGGACUGUGGUUUUAGAGGAGUUUUUCUUACAUCGUUUGUAAUGAGACAAAGGGGAAGUUUGCCCACUAUUCAAGCAUAUGGUUUAUUAGGAGUCAUUGCUGAGAUACAAUCACUAAAUACAUCUCUUUGCUCCUAAAUCUUAUUUUAUUGAAUUAUUUUUUAUUAAAAGGGCAACCCUGAUGGAACUUGCUUGUUGUUAGCGAAUAUUCCUCCAGAAGUUAAGUCAUGCAUCCCUUGGUUUUGAGCUGGAACUUGUUUUGAUUUGUAUCAUCUUGUCAAUACUGUUGAACAAUAUUUAGUCAGACAGACUGUCAAACCGCCUUUAAUUUAACCAACUGCUGUACACAUUCCACAAAUGUAACAGUACGCCGACAAAGGUUCUUGUAAAAUACGCUGAUGAGUGUCCUGCACUCCUCAACACCUAAGCCUCUUUGUUUUAUCAGGGUGUAGGGUCGCUGUGAACAAUAACACUUCAAGUAUAGCCCGGAAGUGUUCAGGGGACCGGGCGAGAGGCGUAUAGUAGAUUAAUCAUGGUUCAUCAUUUUCCUCUUCUCAUUUGCACUUUAUUGACAUUGUAUGUGAAGUACAAAUGUAUCUGUCUCUAAUUAAAGUCACUACAUUCAAAUCCAA